CAGGGGCGGAGCCGGUUGCCAAGACGACGCCUGAGAAGAUGGCUGCUCCGUCUUCAUCCGAUUCCGAUAGCGGCAGAGCUGAGAGCAAUGAGGCCAAUUCGAAAUGGCUGGACGCACACUACGACCCUAUGGCCAACAUCCAUACCUUUUCCUCCUGCCUGGCGCUGGCGGAUUUGCAUGGGGAUGGAGAGUACAAGCUGGUGGUUGGAGACCUUGGACCAGGUGGGCGGAAUCCCCAUCUGAAGGUGCUCAAAGGGCCAGCAGUGCUGACAGAAAGCCCACUGCCUGCCCUGCCAGCUGCUGCUGCCACCUUCCUCAUGGAGCAGCAUGAGCCCCGGACUCCAGCUCUAGCACUGGCUUCAGGCCCUUCUGUCUAUGUGUAUAAGAAUCUAAGACCCUACUUCAAGUUCACCCUGCCCCAGUUGCCUGCAAAUCCUGUGGAACAAGACCUUUGGGACCAGGCAAAGGAAGACCGGAUUGAUCCCUUAACCCUGAAGGAGAUGCUGGAGGGCAUCCGGGAGAAGGCAGAAAUACCUUUGUCGGUACAGUCACUAAGGUUUCUACAGCUGGAGCUGAGUGAAAUGGAGGCCUUUGUGAACCAAAACAAAUCCAAGACCAUCAAGCGGCAGACAGUCAUCACCACCAUGACCACCUUGAAGAAGAACCUGGCUGAUGAAGAUGCUAUUUCCUGUCUUGUGUUGGGCACUGAGAAUAAGGGGCUCCUGAUUAUCGACCCUGAGGCCUUCACUGUUUUGGCUGAGAUGGACAUUCCCAGUGUCCCUGUCUUCCUGGAGGCUUCUGGCCAGUUCGAUGUGGAGUUCCAGCUUGCAGCUGCUUGCCGCAAUGGGAACGUCUAUAUUUUGAAAAGAGACUCCAAGCACCCUAAGUACAGCAUCGAGCUGAGUGCCCAGCCUGUGGGGCUUGUCCGGAUACACAAGAUCCUGGUGGUGGGCAGCACCCAAGACAGCCUACAUGGCUUCACCCACAAGGGCAAGAAGCUGUGGACGGUACAGAUGCCCGCAGCCAUCCUGACCAUGAACCUCCUGGAGCAGCAGUCCCGCGGCCUGCAGGCUGUCAUGGUCGCGCUGGCCAAUGCAGAGGUUCGCAUUUACCGUGACAAGGCCCUGCUCAAUGUCAUCCGCACCCCGGACACUGUGACCAGCCUUUGCUUUGGCCGCUAUGGACGGGAGGACAACACCCUCAUCAUGACUACUCAAGGCGGUGGCCUGAUCAUCAAGAUCCUGAAGCGCACAGCGGUGUUUGUAGAAGGGACAGGUGAGGUGGGUCCCCCACCAGCCCAAGCCAUGAAACUCAAUGUGCCCAGAAAGACUCGGCUCUAUGUGGAUCAGACACUGCGAGAGCGGGAGGCUGGCACUGGCAUGCACCAGACCUUCCAGACAGACCUCUACCUGCUACGCGUCCGGGCUGCCCGUGCCUAUGUGCAGGCCCUUGAGUCCAGCCUGAGCCCCAUGUCAGCCACAGCCCGGGAGCCACUCAAGCUGCAUGCUGUGGUGCAGGGCCUAGGCCCCACCUUUAAGCUCACACUGCACCUGCAGAACACCUCGACUGCCCGGCCUGUGCUGGGGCUGCUGGUCUGCUUCCUGUACGACGAGGCGCUCUAUGCCCUACCCCGGGCCUUCUUCAAGGUCCCCUUGCUGGUACCAGGGCUCAGCUACCCUCUGGAGACCGUCGUGCAAAGCCUCAGUAGCAAGGGCACCUCAGACAUUAUCAGGGUGCUGGUUCUCCGAGAAGGCCAGAGUGCGCCCCUGCUGAGUGCCCACAUCAGCAUGCCAGUGAGUGAGGGGCUGGCGGCCGCCUGAGCCCUGAGCCAGCGUUCAAGGGCCUGUGGAAAGGAGCCUGCAAGGUCCAGCCACGUCCACUGAGCAGGGCAGGUUCCGUGGCCCUGGGCUGCUCCCCACAUAGCAGGGCGCCAGGCCCAGCUUCCUGUUCCUCUCCCAAGCAGCCACUUGCUCACCUCCUACACCACUGGUCCUAUAACAGCAGGGCACUGAGUACCCAGGAGGCUCAGCACUGCCCCCUCAGGACUCACCAGGCACCAUGCCCCGGAGCCCUGUGGCCCACCACUCUCCCCAGCUCUUAGAUAAAGCACACUGGAUCCCAAGGAAGUGUUCUGAGGUGGUCCGGGUGAGACAAGGAGUGGCCAGCCCUUCUUUCCAUGUCCCUUAGACACACUACUCAUCUACCGCAGACUAAGACCAGGACAGGCGAGGGCCUGGGGAAAUCAGAGGACCUUCCUGAGGCAGACUGAGCCCCUGCCCCCACUGAGGUUCCAGAGGCCCAGCUGCUGUUAGCUUAGCUUACAGGCAAAACAUGAGCUCUGCUCUCCCUUCUGUGCUGAGCCAGAGGCUCCUCUUUCCACUCAGCAGCCCAAGGAAUGGCCACCUUCCCAUGAGGAACCUUCUCAGUCUCAGACUCAGCCACCACCUCAGGCUUCUGAGGCCUCACAAAAGUACUCAAAGGAGGAAGUGGUAGAGGAGGGCAGGGGUUGCCCACGUGGGGAGCCAGUGGCCUCAGCUCCAAAGAUCACCCAGGUGUGUUCCUGACCUGAUGCUCAUGCCCUGAGAGCAUCCCUGGAGAGGAAGGCCAAGCCAGACAGCAGGGAUGGGACCAGCAGCACCAGGAGAGGUAUUUCUGGGUCCCAGAAGGUAGCCCAGGAGACAGAAGCCCCAAAAUAUCCAUCAGGGUGCUCUUUUGUGCCCUGGAGCCCAAAUCAGUCCUGCAGGCAAAAAAUGCCCUAGAUGGCAGUCAGAGUGUGAGGGAUUUAGCUGGAAAGACAUCCGCCAGGGACCUCGAGUUAAGCUGAAGACUACUGAAAGGUGCAUAUUUAGAAUCAGAGACCUUCGUCCUGGCCCCUGGUGCCUACUGAGUCUCUGGCCACCCUAAGCCACUUGGGAGCCAGAAGCCCUGCUCCCUGGAGACCUACACCUUUCCCAGGAUGACCAGGUAUGUCUUGGUGUAUGGCACACAGCUCAGGCUUGUAGCAAGUGACCACACUGUUCUGGGGUUCGGCCUCCCUUUGUGUAAACUAAGGCAGUUUAG